UGGACUGUUUUGUUUAGCUGGGAUCAAGAUGAGCCGACCCGGCAGCAGCCUCGAUGAAAAAGGGGUCAACCAGAAUGGAGAUCCGGGAGGUCACCUCCCCGCGUUCGCCGAUACUCACACGUCGGCAUCGAGCACUGAAACAAGGCUGCUGUCCGCCUUCAAGAAAGACACACGGGCACGGAAGGUUUACCUGGCAGGGAGAGAGUGUUUCAAUGAGGAGGGGACGACCUUUGAACUGUGUCUUGUUGGAAAAAUCAAGCGACAGUUAAGCGCCGAUCCAACUCUUCGUCCAGAGUUUCCUUCGUCUCUUGGACUGGCAGAAUUCACGCGGCAAGCCACCGAGGUUUCUCUGGGGAAGAGCUCCAGAGCUGUAGUGGAGAACCGGGUGUUAGGCGUGCAGACUCCUGGUUUUAUCGCCGCUGUGCGCCUUGGAGCUGAAUUCCUGAGGCUUUGGCCCGAUGGCCGUCAGGCUUGGAGUGGGCCAGUUUACCUCUCCGCUCCUUGUGAUGAGUCACUGGCCGGUGUCUUUCAGGGAGCAGGGAUCAAAGAUAUCCGCGAGUAUUAUUACUGGGACGACAGGCAGCAGGGCGUCUGUUUGGAGAAGCUUCUGGAGGAUUUGGAGAAAGCUCCUGAGCAAAGUGUUGUCGUUCUGUCGGCGUCUGCGCACUACCCGACCGGCGCUGACAUUUCCCAGGAUCAAUGGGCCGUGGUUACACAACUUCUCAAGAGACGCAGACUCUUUCCUUUCCUCUUGCUGCCUGCUCAUGGGCUAUGUUAUGGAGAUUUAGGGAGAGACGCGUGGCCUGUCCAGUUCUGUGAGUCGCAGGGAAUGGAGCUCCUCUGUGCCCAGUCAUUCUCCUCUUGCUUCGGACUGUAUGGUGAGUCUGUUGGACACCUCCUGUGCGUAUUCAAGCAGAACUCACUCCUACUGCCUGUGCAGUCUCAAGUAGAGACAAUAGUGAGAGCACUGUGGUCCCAACCGUCCGUGGGGGGAGCUCGCGUUGUCGCCUCCGUGCUCAGUAACUCAGCACAUCUUGUCGAAUGGCAGGGAGAAGUUAAGCACAUUGUGGAGAGGUGCAUGCUGAUUAGAGCCAUUUUAAGAGAAAAGAUGAGACUUUUGGGAACUCCGGGAAGCUGGGACCACCUGACUCACCAAGGUGGACUCUUCUGUUGUACAGGCCUGAACGGUCACCAAGUGGACUUUCUGUCAAACAGGAGGCACGUGUACCUGCUCCCCAGCGGAUGCCUGAACGUGAGCGCAAUCAAUGGCUCUAAUCUGGGGUAUAUAGCCGAGUCCAUUCAUCUGGCUCUGACCACUUGACCUGGACCAUGAGGCCUCUAACAGUUAAAGUCCUUUAAUGUCACAGUGACAUAUCUAUCCAUUCACGCACAAAAGCACACACACAUAUCACACACCAGUGCCAUGCACCGGCCGCAACUGGGGAUUCAGUGUCGGACUGAAACACACGGAAACUGAGCCUUUGGCUUGUUAUGUUGAAUAUUCUGUUUCAUGUUCACUGUAAUUACACAUAAUGCAUAUUAAAUUCCCUCAUUCUGUGAAAGAAAGAACAGAUAGAUCCCCUUCUCACCUUGGUGCACGAUUCCCCUCUGAUGCAUGCUAUGCAUCAGACUCCAUCCACAGUUUUAACUGCAUUUUUAAGAGUUAGUGGUCCAAUCUAGUUUUUCUGCUAAUAAUAUUAACUUGGCUAGGUUUGUUAAAACAUUAACCCAUUAACUACUUUGUUAGAGAACCAAACCACGCUCGGAAACACUUAAAUUUGUGCAGUAAACGAAUAAAAAUUCUGCUUACCUUGUC